UUUUGUAGUCCAUUUAUUUGUCAAAGUAGUCAUCAAUUUUUUUUUGUCAUUCAAGCACAUAUUUUUCUUGCCUUUAUUUUUUCUUCCAACGCUUCGCCUAACUACACUUCAGACUCUAUCAAUGGCUUCCAUCACACAGAACGUUCCAGCAACCACCAGCGCUGCCCAAGUAGCCUCAAACCCAAUGAUCCCUGGUGUGGGUACCAUCAGUGGCGAAGAUUAUAAUGAUCAGCUCUCAACUUUGCCAGAGGACUCUGAGGAACAUGGCUCUGAGCAACGCAACAGCUCUGAUGUUCUGCUCGAAGCAAGCAACUCGGAAGAUUUUGACGAUGAGAUUCCAAGAUCAAUCCACGGAAUCGAGGGCGCAAUUCCCGAAAGCCAAAUGGGCGACGAUGAAAACCUGGACAACAAUGAUCCCACCAUUCCUAGUGUACUCUUCAUGAUCCCGUUCCCGGCCCCCGUCAAUGGCCGACGUUCGAAGAGCACUACUCCCUAUUUGUUAUACACUCCGCCUCGCUCUGUGUACUCUAAGCCCCCGAAAGGCGAGGAUGGCAAACGUCCCAAAGAAAAGAUUCUCAAAAGGGUGGUACGUCAUUAUCAGCAAGAAGUCAGAUUUGGUGAGCAAAUCAAACGCCGAGAAGUCCCCAAGACUGGAAAGUUCUACCGAUUACAAAAGAUCAGGGGUGGCUGCAUUCGGGGUGCCAACAUGCUUACCAAGUGGCUUCCUAGUCCCUGCGUCGAGACGUUAGCUCGCUUACCACCCAAGUCUAAAUUGGGAGAGGUCACUGUGUUUUUUCCCGCAUACGCUGGCGAGCCUCGACCAGACGAAGAGGAUCAGCCUUAUCAACCUACCGAAGAAGAGUUGCGUCAUGAUAUCAAUGUGCUUCUCCGCCGCACUAAAAGACGUGUUAUGGUCCGAUUAAUAAUUGCCAGUGCCUUCAUGCCCAUCGCAAUUGGAAUUGAUUUCUUUGCUCCGGCCUUCUCUGUCGAAAUCACCCUCGCCUACUUGGCUUUCCAAGUCUACGGUUGGAGAAAGGUCAAAGCUUUGACGUCCGCCGCCAAGAAGAACAAAAAGCCCAAGAGUACCAAGAAGACCAAGAAAAGCAAGAGCGCACAAAAAGCAAUCGAGGGUGGUGCUUCUACCGGGGAAGUAAUCAAUGGAGUCCCUGGCGCAUCUGCAGAAGGUUCAAAUGAAGUUUCUGAAGACGGACCCGAACUCUUCCGUAUCACCCCGGCCAAUCAAGCCAUCUUUGACCCAUUGAUCAGCUUGAUGUACGACAUCUGCCACCGCAUAGAUCCUCUAACCUUUCCAGCUCUUCAAGAAACGGCUGUUGUCGUCGAAAGCCCUGCUCAAGACACCCCCGUUGAUCAAGACGGUGCUACUCAACCUUCAGGGGAGCGUAUCAAACUGCAACCUACCCUACACAAACCCGAUCCACAAGUUGUACGUGAGUUGUUGGCCGCCUUCCGAGCCAGCUUACCUGAAGAACUCUUGGAGCGACACAUUCUUGAUGAAGACCGUGUCUCAGAGGAUCUUGCUCGAUACAUGAAGAAAGCUGCCGUUGAAUAUGUCUGGUCUCUCAAAGGUCGUCCUGAGCGUUCUCCCAUCAAGAUUACUCGCAAAUGGAUUACUAAACGCAAGACCGUACAUCAAGAGAGAAAGCACAGAGCUCAAGUCAAAAAACAAAUCAAGAAGCAACGCGCUGAAGAUGCACUCAACGCUCCUGCUGAAGAGCAAGACACAACUGCUGUUCCGGAGGCUGAGGUACCCCUCCUUUCUGAAACAUCCGAUGUCUCCCCAGGUGAAUCCAAAAAGGAGAAAAAGGAACGAUUAGCUAGAGAAAAGAAAGAAGCAAAGGAAAUGAUGGCACAAGAAAAGGCUCAAUUCCGUGAACAAGCUCGAAUCGCCAAGCAGGAGAAGCUGGCUCUCCAGCAGGCAAAGAAAGAUAAAAAGAAGGCUGAGUGAUCUGGCUAUCAGUUUUGCAGCGCUUCGCUAUUUUAUCUACUUUUCUGAGCAUGUUGUUUAUUCGCCUCAUUUCUUCUGAUGUUUGGUUUCCAAUUUUUCUAUUUUUCAUCCUUCUCAUCAUGACUAUGUAUAUAGCACCAGACCAAUACGUGACGACAUCCAUUAUUGUAUAAACCAAAACCACGCUUGACUUAAUACCCAUUUAUGACCAUGUAUAUAACACCAAAUCAUCCUUGUCACGAUAUCCAUUCCUGUACCAAUGAAAAACAAGCAUGACUUAAUACCCAU